AUGUGGCCCGGUCAGGACUGUGUCGACGAAGGGGUACAAGCACUGUUAGCGUACCAGUGUGUUGCUUCUACUCCACCCUGGGUGAUUCGUGAAUUGGCACAGAGUCGACGUAUUUCGGGUACUGGUGCUACAUCGGAACAAUUUCAUCGUUCCCCGUUGUUUGCAUUCUCGGGUCAGCGUGAUUUACCCCCGAAGGAACUGGAUCCGAGUCACUAUCGUUCCAUUGCAUGGCUUGAGACCAAUGCCAAGAAACGUACUCCUCACGACCUCUGGCAACGUACUGUGGCAGCCGUAUUUCUCACUCAUUGUCUGUCGGAUGGUGGCUACCCGUUGGAUUGGUCACCGGACGAAUACCUUCGGGACCCAACGAACUACGACAGUCUGACUCCGAAUGCCCGAUUGCCUGCCUCGUGGGCUGCGGCAUGCAUUUUAUAUCAUCUACAAAGUUUACCGCUGAAUGCCUUUAGCAGGGGUGUUCUGCCCAUUAUUCCUGAAUUGAUUCUUUCCCGGUUCCAGUUCAAUCCAGAGGAAUACGUUGUGAGGGGAGAGUUGAAAUUGAUUCAUACGUCAAAUGCCAUUUAUCCGACCCUAUCGUUACUCAAUCACUCGUGUGACCCGAAUUGCAUGCGAAUUUCCAUGCGGGACGAACAUUGUGGUCUGUUUGCGAUCGAACAGAUCGGGAAGGGAAGUGUCUUGGAGAUUAGCUACAAUAACGCGGAAUACACAAUUCUCCCACGAACGAUACGUCACCCAUUACUGACAAUGAAACAUCAAUUUCAAUGCUGUUGUCUGGCUUGCAAGGAGAAUUGGUCUUUGCCGGAUUUCAAUUAUGAUCUGAUAUGUUCACACUGUCAUGGUGCAAUUCCAAUUAAGGAGCCCGCAUCGGACCGGAAUCGCGAAUUGGACAAAUGUUGUUGUCCGCGUGGGGAACAAUGUCACGUAAUAUUGGAAUUUUAUUCGUUUUUGCAAAAUCUCGCUUACCCUGAUAUGGACGCACAAAUGCUCGAAUGUUUGCUGCUAUUCAAGAAACAAAUUCCUCAGGAUUGGCUCGAUACUCAGAUUAACAAAUUGGCCGAUCUUUUGAGUCCGAAUCGACUGGGUGGAUCUGUGACCCGAUCCAGUUUACCAUUGGUAAAAAUGAAGGAGCGUCUGACGUUGUUAUUGUAUUUGCGCUACGGUUGGUGUUUGGAGAACAUUCAGAACAUGACGAAAGAGGUUUUCCAGGCAAUGGAGGACAGUAAAUUAUUUGUUUGA